AGGUGUAACAGACACAUUCACACAAACAGACGCACACAGACUACCUUAUGACUCACCUCAUCUCAGAGAGGUAGAACAUCUGAAAUCCCUUUUCACUGCAGUAGAGACUCAGCUAUUCGCAUGAAGGACGACGUAGCACCAGCAAACAAGUCCGUCACAGUGAGCAAUGACUACUGUGAUGACAUUGACUUUGAAACUAGAGAGGAAGGAGCUCUCUGGAAAACAGGGCCCUCGUCCAGAUUUGCCGCUGUACCUUUUGUGGGUCAGUCACGCCGGAACACAUGUGUUUUCGGCACUCUGAUGGCUAUUAUAGUGUUGGCACUCAUUAUAACUGUAUCUGUGGGCAAUACCAAAGUGGACAGAAAGUUCUCUGAUGUAGAGAAAAAAGUUGCCAACAUGACUGAUUUUUUACAUUCUAAGAUAGAGCAGUUAGAGAAAAAGGACUAUGAGGUAGUGUCCGAUGCUGCCCAGUUGGAAGAUCAGCUGCACCUACUAGAGGAAGAGGUUCAUGAUAUGACCUAUAAUUUGAAGGGUAUGGAGAAGGUUGAAACUCUGGCAGAAUCUGUGUCUCAGCUAAUGUGCAGCUUCAACAGAUUAAUCCACAACAAUACCAAUCAUGUCUGUUGUCCAAUGGGAUGGUCAUUGUACUCCGGAUUCUGCUAUUUCUUCUCUGAGGAAGGGAAGCCAUGGUAUACAGCAAGAGAUGACUGUCAGAGCAAAAACGCUGACUUACUAGUGCUGAAGAGUGCAGAGGAGAGGCGGUUUGUGGUUAGCAGGACAAUGCCAUUGUAUUACUGGCUUGGUUUGACUGAUGAAGAGGAUCAAGAGUGGAAAUGGGUGGAUGGAACCACAUACAAGCUAGACAGAAGUGAGUGGAUGCCAGGCCAACCAGAUAACUGGCGCGCUCAUGGUUUGGGAGGGGGUGAAGACUGUGCACAUUUUCAUCGUGAUGGAAGGUAUAAUGAUGAUCACUGCUCUCGGAAGUACCGCUAUGUCUGCAAAGUCUCAUCCAGUGGCCUAGUCAUUACCUAAAAUAAACAAUGCUAGAAACAGCCCUUUGUCCCACUGUGUGUGAGAGCUUUGUGCUCACUGUUAACUGAUUGAGACAAACGCUCAAAAUGGCAUAAAAAACUUUUUUUUUUUUGUAUAAAUAAAAAGUUUAUAUCUAAGUCAAGAAAACCAAAACCGGACCAGUUUCAAAAGCAAAAUGUUAUACCACUAGUAACUUUGCAAAAAUAGGAAUGGAAUUAAAUUAUGAGGAUUUAUUAUUAAGCAACUCUAACUGUAAAGGGUUAAUGCAAACAAUAAAGCAUUGCAGCCUCUUUCACUGCA